UACCAUUUAAUAUCUUAUCUGACAAGUGAAAGCGAAGAAUACUAUUGUUUUAACAAUAGGUGACUAGAUAUCAAACUCCACAUAGUAGUAGUAUUGGAUAUUAUAUUUCCCUUUUGAAUAAAAAUGCAGUAAACACCACGAGCCCAUUAUAGGAACAUCAAAUGUCAGUGUUCCAAAGAGAACUGCGACAGUUGGCCAGGACCUGCUGUCAGUUAACUGACGGUCAGUUGGCUGUUUCUUGGUACGACGACGACCUCCUGAGGUUUAAGAUAAAAGUGAACCCUAAGUCGGGUUUGUACCAGGGGUCUCUCUACGAGUUUACGAUAAGAGCCUCCGAUAACUACCCUCGCUCCCCACCGAUAGUAAUAUCUUGUUCUUACAUCCUACACCCCAAUAUCAACGAGUAUGGCGAGGUCUAUUUGGAUUGUCUGCAAGUGUGGAGACCUCACACUUUCGACCUCAGCACUUUAGUUGAAUCUCUACUCAAACUCUUCCACCAGCCUAAUUUCAACGUGAUUACAAACGAAGAAGUAAAAGACUGGACAGAUGUAGAAUUUAUCAGGAAAGUAACGGUUUGGAAGCGAUCACAAGCUGCACCCCCGGCCCCGGACCAGCUGCGGUACAGCGAGUCUCUGGGUUUCGGGAGCUGUGUCAGCCUGGUGUCAGACAGUGGUCACAGAGAGAGUAACUGUGACUGUAACAAUGAGUAUAUCCUCGUCACUAACUCUCGCAGACCACGUCCCACAAGUGCCAGGGCUGCUCGAGCGUACCGUCAGGCCCAGGUAGCCUGGCAGCGGGACACACACUUCCACUCUACCAGCAUGAUUGAUCUGUCAGACGUGCACGACUCUAUAAGAGACAUUGAGCCGGACUAUGAGAUAUGCAGCGUGUCGUCUGAUGAGGACAACAGCUCAAGGAGAGAGACUGUGACAGACACUGGACCUCAGUUUGAGAUACCUUACUCUCGACUUACCGAGUCUCGACAGAGUCGCCAGAUUGGUACCAGCUCUCGUUCUAGGUCAUCGUCAAGACUUCAGUCUAGAGAAAAUACUUGGAACAGUCAUUCUGCUCACAACUUCUUGACGGACACUCCCUCCAUUAAUAGAAAUAGAAACAGUGCUGAUCAGAAACCAGACUUCAGGAAAGAUCUCAACACAUUUUUAUAAAAUCUUCUGGUCAUGUUUAACAAUGUUUUUGAACAUGUCUGAUUUUCCACUACAAUAUGCUUUGUCUUAUUGUCUUAUUACGCAAAAACCAUCGUUUUAAUCGAACCUCGCUAAACGAAUGUUCCUUAUAUGGAUGGAUGACGGAUAAAACUUCCGUCGAGCGAAACGAGUUUCUGUUCACUGUUGACAUUUUACUUGCGGGCUAUUGUAUUUAUAGUUUCUAUAG